AUGGCCCGCAAAUACACCCAUCAGCGAGUGAGCUACGUUCUCCCGCUACCCAAUGCCUCGGGCGGCCAUCGCUUAGGUGUGAAUGGUCUUGCAGUCGAUUCCGACAAUCGCAUUUUAUACUCCGCAGGCCGUGAUGGAGUCAUUUGCUCCUGGGACUUUAACCCUUUGGAUACCUCCUCGCCCUCCUCCAAGACUACUCCCUCGACAACCCGCAGAGACCAGGUCCAGGCACACAGCCACUGGAUUAACGACAUUGUCCUCACCCGAAAUAACUCCGCUCUCGUUUCGGCAUCAUCAGACACAACAGUAAGAUUAUGGCGGCCGUUAUCGCUAGAGAAAGAACUGCCAAUUUCCAUCGGCCGACAUGCGGACUACGUCAAGUGCCUGGCGCUUCCCGAUCAGCACUCCAACUGGGUAGCAUCAGGCGGUCUCGACCAAAAGGUCUUUCUCUGGGAUUUGGAAGGCAAAGGCGAAAUUCUCAAGAUUGAUAAUUGUGGUGAUGAGGUAACGGAGAAGGGUUCCGUAUAUGCUAUGGGAACGGGAGGCUCUGUGUUAGCAACCGGAGGGCCGGAGUCUGUUGUUCGCGUGUGGGAUCCUAAAUCAGGGAAGCUUAUUACCAAGUUUGUCGGUCAUACGGAUAAUAUCCGAGAUAUUCUGGUUAAUAAAGAUGGAGACACCAUUAUGACGGCGUCCUCCGAUCAAACGAUCAAAGUGUGGUCGUUGACCGCAGGGCGAUGCUCGCAUACCUUGACUAUGCAUAAUGACAGCGUCUGGUCACUGUACUCAGACCAUCCCCAGCUGUCAGUGUUUUACUCUAGCGACAGGUCCGGCCUCGUCGCCAAGACGGACACAAGAAACGUAUCGGAUAUUGAUCAGGGCACGUCAAUUGCCGCUCUUCAAGAAAAUGACGGCGUGGUCAAGGUUGUAGCAGCCUGUGACUCUAUCUGGACGGCGACUCCAAAAUCCAGCAUCAACAGGUGGAACGAUGUUGAUACUGCGGCGGAAAUAGACUUUCCGAACACUGCAGCACGACGGUCUAGUGUUGGAUUGCCUGCUGAAUCUCCCUCAGAAACACCUGGAAAGGAAAUUGUUGCUAAUACCGCCGAGCAGUCGAAGAAGAAGAUUCCACACAACUCGAUCCUUCCCCUUUCAAAUAUGUCAAUGUUCCCGAAACUCGAUCCUGAGAGGGCCACCAUCUACUCCUCUGUGAGUGGCCGCAAGCCCUCAGAGAUGAUUGCCAAUGAAGAGCUCGGGGCCGUAUUGCCUGUUUAUUCUCUUCCGCAGGAGACCAUAGAAGGUCAACUUGGAGUCAUCAAACAUCUGAUAUUGAAUGAUAGGAAACGCACAUUGACUCAAGAUACAGCUGGAGAGGUAUUGCUGUGGGAUCUUUUGAAAUGUGUUCCGAUCCAAAGCUUUGGAAAGCGCCAUAUAGAUGACGUUGCGUCUGAGAUCAAUACUGUGGAGAGCAUAGCUCAUUGGUGCACCCUCGACAUCCGGACAGGUUGUUUGUCUGUCAUUCUAGAACCAAAUCGCUGCUUCGAUGCUGAGGUAUAUGCUGAUGAAGUCGAACUGGCCAACGGAGAAGAAUAUCCGUCCGAUCAAAGGAUAAACCUCGGCAAAUGGGUUCUCCGUUGGCUUUUCAAUGACUUGAUAGAGGAGGAGAUUAGGCGAGAUGCAAUUCAGAGGCAAAUAAUCUCAGCAAAAGCAGCAGAAAACCAAGCACUACAACGUGCCAAUGCGCCAGGCUCAAUUGAAUUACCCCCAAGGAUGACAGGGCCUCAGGGUGCCAUAGAUGGAUCCUCGGUAACACCGCGAGUGACGAAUGGGUUGCAUGCUAAUCCUACGACAUCUGGCCUCAACAUUAAUCUUGCAACUCCAGGCGCUACAUCAUAUACCUCAGCACUUCCUCCAACUGAAGAAGGCUCAAGUACAAGACUGAGCCACGAAUUGGCGCGGCCUCCAUCUUCCAACAAAUCAAAUGACUACUUUUCUAGCAGCCACUACAUUGAAGCAGAGAAGCCUCCUCAACCUGAGGAACAACCUCCAGCAGCACUUCCGCUGUCUCCGGCUGAGCCUGAAAAGGAGGAAAAGAAAAAAGCAUCGCUAUUCGGAAAGAAGUUCAGAAUGGAAUUUCCAAAGAAGCUAGGAAGAACAUCAUCUGAGGUGAAACCAUCGGUGCCGGAGGAAAAACCAGAAGAGUCAGAUAAAUCGUCUGAGAAAGAGGAGAAAGCUUUCGAAUCGAAUCUUUAUGGGGUCAUUGACCGUAUCCGCCACGAAUACGAAACCUUCCUUGCGCGCUAUCCUGGAGCACCGUUGAAUUCAGGGAUUACACCAAGCUCAACGAGCGAAACGCCUGAAUUAAAUAUUCCUGCUGACACUGAUAUUCUGAUUCAAGAAGAAACCGGUAACACGGCUGUGGCUGCGGACCUUUAUCGAGGGUCAGUUGGCAGCAUACGCGAGGAAAUUGAUAAGCUUGAGAAGACAGUUCCACACUGGGUUGGAGAGCUACUAUUAAAGAACCAAGCACCGCCUAAGGAAGUCGUAAAGGUAGCUUUCAUCCUCAAGCCAUACGAUAACCAGUUGCCGCCAGUGAGCAAACUUGAAGGAGGAAUGGAUAAUAGCAGUUCUAGGCUGAAUGCGAACCGUAUGCUUCGAGCCAAGAAGGUACUCGCAUACAUUGCUGAGAGAAUCGAUUCGCCCAACCCAGCCGAGCCGGAUCCAAACCCCAUGCAGCCAGAAGAUUAUUUGGAGUUGUAUUGCCAAAAUACUCUGGUCCCUAUCAAUAUGACCCUGGCCACAAUCAAAACCCACAUUUGGCGAACAGGUGGAGAUAUGAUCCUAUUCUAUAAAGCGAACGGCAAAAAGGUUAUUCGCUCACCAGCGACGGAGCAAGAGACGACGGGAGCUUCAGCGCUCAAUCCUCCAGAUGACAAUAACUUCAGCGACAACGUGUCCAGCUCUCAUGCUUCGAAUUCAAUCUCGGAUGGGCCUCCUUGA